UCAUCUGACAAGUAUUGAAUUGAGUUGUUUUGGUGCCUAGGUGGUAACAAUGGUCAUUUGACAUCUUCUUCCCCCUUGUACGAUCUCUCUCUCUCUUCUUCUUCUUCUUCUUCUUAUACUUAUUUUCUGGUUUUCUCUCGGUUUCCCUGUUAGUCGACUGUAGCAGCCCAUCGAGUUUGGUGCAAUCUUCUUCGUGCACAAAUCUGUUGGUUUGAGAUUUGGGGUAGAAGUAACAAACUCUAAGGCAAUUCAGAUGUUUGAAUCUGAGAUCGAAAUCCCCCCCUGAUUUGUGAGUUUCCAUUGCCAAUUUCAGAACUGAUCUCUACGCUACCGCCAGCCUUAACAUGCAGAAAUUCUCGUGGCUGGAAUCCUUGAUCUACGGGGUGUUGCUUGGUAGAGCUGGGAAGUGCGAUCCUUCGCCUGGAAUUUCAACUUCAACCGAUGAGAUUUGGAGGAGUUGUCUCCUUUGAUGUUUGCUAGUCUUCCGCUACUGUUCUGGUUUGUGUGCAAGGUUGAAGACAACCUCCUAAUGAGAUGAGGUUGCUAGUUCAGUAGUGGAAUCCUUGGUACGUCUAGUUACGGCCACCAAAAUGAAGGCUGUUUGUAACUUGGGAGUAUGGUGUAUAUCUAUUCAACAGUUCAGCACGUCAUUUCUCAAUUGCCAUUUCCAUUCUUUAUUGUUGGCAAUCAUUCAUGCCAUCGACAAUCCUACUGGUUCCUUGUCAACCACAUUUGAGGCAAUCCAGGCUUUGAUAAAGUUGGCAACUCAAGUGGGUGAAAAGAUGAGAGAUUCUGCAAAUAUAUGGGCUCCGCCAAUUUACAGAAGACUUAUAAGCACUGAUAAGAGGGAAAGGGAUAUGUCAGAGAGAUGCCUUUUGAAGAUCAGGUCUGUUGUAAUUCCUCCUCCGCCAAGUCUUUGUAAGGUGCUUGUCACGGAUAUUAAGCAACAAUUGCUUCCGGGAAUGAAAGAAAUACUGCCUGACCAUAGAAUGAGGGUUCAUAUGAUAAGUGCAUGGGGAUGGUUUAUUCGCUUGCUUGGAUGCCAUGCGGUGAUGAAUAGGCAUUUGGUUAAUGAAAUGCUUAAAAUUCCUGAGAAGACAUUCUCUGAUCCUGACCCACAAAUCCAAAUUGCUUCACUGGUUGCCUGGCAAGGUUUGAUUGAUGCACUUAUUCACCUUCCAACACAAGGUCAAGGGCUGACUACGACUGUAGAGCAUGGCAUUCAACAAGUUGGUAAUGAAUCUUCAGAUACAUCUAAAGGGCAUUCUAAUGGAAAUCAAGUGGAUAGUUUUUCCAAAAGCAUAAAGCUCAUAAUGACACCUUUGGUAGGAUUCAUGUCAAGUAAAUGUGAAGUUUCAGUUCUCUCAUCCUGCCUUAACACAUGGUGUUAUCUUCUACACAAACUUGAUCUCUGUGUCAAUCGUUCUUCAGUACUAAAAACAGUCUUAGAGCCUAUACUUGAAGUUGUCUUCAAAAAGGGACCUCAUGGUAUCGGCAUCUGGUUCUGGAACUCCUGCCUAGAUCUGCUUGAUGAGUUUAUUUCAGCAAAAAUUAGUGAGGGAGAUUAUGAUGUGAUAAAGAAUCAUAGCUUCCAAUCACCAUCUAUAGCUAAUUUGCUUGAGCAUCCCCCUACUGGUGCAUGCUUGUGGAAGAAUUAUCCUAUUAAAUGGUUGCCUUGGGAUCUUAAUAUGCUAAAUUUCCAUCUAAAGAUGAUUCAUAUUCUCAUCAUAGAAACAUCAGGGACAACCGUAACAGGUGACAAUGUAAGUUUGGCCUAUUCUUCUACCUUGAAGGUCUUCAGAUCUGUUUUGAAGGGGGUCCAGAUCGAGUUGAAAAGAUCAUCCAUUACUUAUACUGAGAUUAUGUUGGCUUUAGACAAAAUUGUACACUUCACCAAGAGUGUAUGUGAAGAGUUAAUUUCAAAAGAUGUGGGCUCUAAUGAUUGGCUGCAUACUUGCCUCGAGCUUGUGGAGGCUGUUGAAGAGGAAGUAAAAGCAUCAGUAUUGGGAUCCCCUCUUUAUAGGGUUGCUUUAGACCUCAAGUACAUUAAUGAUUUGCAAUUGAUUAAUGUUAUUAAAUGUGCAAAUUUGGAGGGGAUCAGAUCUACUGCUUAUAUGGAUAUGGUUUCACCGAUGGUCUAUUUGACUAUACUACAACUUUGUCUGUUGGCUCAAUCAGAUUUACAUGUAUCCAAUAUGGAGGCGAUUCUAAAUAGGGUACAGAAACAAUUGAAGUUCAUAUGGUCCUCAUAUGAUCCUUUAGAAAAUCUCCAUGCCAUAGUUGGUUUUUUGUAUAGACAUAGCGGAUUCAUAUGGUUGAAGUUAUGGAUUCUGAUUGCCAAAGAUCUGAAACGGCACAUGGACAAUGUUAAAGAUGAUUUACUAUUGAAAAUGGAGCCUAAUGGUGAUGCUUAUGUUACAAUCUGUUGGUUCUUGUCAUACCCCUUUGUCCUGUGCUCUCUUUCCCAGAAGCUGUUGACACCAGUUGAGACUAAUUUCUCCUCAAAAUCAUGUCAGUUUCCCUCAAGGAGAGAGCUUGAUAUUGAACUUGAUCAUGUUAUUGAAGUAUGGAAGUUACUUUAUGGUUCUAUAAAUUGUUCUUUACAGCCUGAGUGCUUCAUCAUGAAUUGUUUUACGGAGAAUAUAUGCGCUAUGUUAUCCAGAGUUUAUGAUCAAAACACUAGCAUUUUUGAAGGCGGCAUGCACCUACAUUCUGAGGGCCAGGAUCAGUAUCUCACGUUCCCUAUGUUUGGUGAAGUGACAAUAUUUGUGUUGAAACAGAUGCUGCAAUCAGACAAAGUAGAUUUAAGAUCAAGUGAAAACAAAUGUCAAGAGGACUGGCAUUAUGAUCGAAGCAGUUGCAUCAAAACUUGUUUGAAGUUCAUUGCCAGCUUCCUAAGGCUGUCGUGGACUAUUGCAGAAGCCAAUUCCCUAGCUUAUCUGUCUGGCAUUGGAAGGGUGUUCUCUGAAUUAGUUAGCUUUGUUUGCCACCUUCACUUGAAGCAAGAUAUCAUUCUAGUGAUUGAGGGGAUGUCUGAUAAUCUUGUUCGGUGGCUGUCAUCAGGGAAAGUAAACGAAAUACCCAUUAUUGGUGAAAUUUCACACUUCUGGACUGAAACUCUCAACUGUUUGCAGAGAGCUCAACCACCCAUUGCUUUUGACUCCUCCUACCUUGAAAUACAUGCAACUCUCCUGAGGACAACUCUUGAUCAUCCAGAGCCCUCUAUUUCAGAACCCACAAUUUUCUUCUGGAAUUCAACAUAUGGCAACCAAGUCAAGUUAGAUUACCCCCAGAGCUUAUGUCCAGUGCUAGAUAAGCUGUCAAGGAGGGGAAAGAUUAACCUUCAUAAGAACAGCCCAUCAUUUUUUCUUAGUAACUGUCCUAGAGCAGGAGAAGCUGUUGGUGUUCAGAAGAGAUACAGGGUAGCUACAACUCAGAAGACGAGCUCAAAAAGAAUAGAGUUCAUGGAGGUCACAAGGAAUGGUUCUAAUCCUUGUGAUUACCCAUCAUGGAGUUUGAAAAAGAAAAAGUUAGAGCUGACAGAACAUCAGAAAGAGGUGAGAAGAGCUCAGCAAGGGAGGGAGAGAGAUUGUAAUGGCCGUGGUCCUGGGGUACGGACCUACACUGGUGUUGAUUUUUCUCAAGGAAAUGAAGAGUCACAAGAAAACCAGGAGCUGCGAAACCCAGAGUCCAUCUUGGAGAUGCUGAAAAGAAUAGAGUAACUGCUCUGACUUCUGAUGUACUCGUGUCCCAGGCCCUAGCGUUAACUUACUGGGUACUGAUGUGUCAGAGAAAUCUUGCUUUUGAGGGGUUACUUUUUCAAGACGAAGGCCUAUAUAUAUAUAUAUAUAUAUAUAUAUAGAUAUAUAUUUAUACUUUUUGAAUAUUGAGAAUGAUAGAAAGAGAGCUAGCUGGUGUGACACCUGCGAAAUUACACGCCCACCCAUAAGAAAUGAAAAAAAAAAAAAUCUAUACAUGUUGAUGACCCUAUGUCUACACGAACUCAUGCAUGUUCUCCUCUCUAACGCUAGAGGGUAGCGUUCUUCCCCUAAUUUUUCUCUAACAAAAUAGGAAUUCUCAUACUCUAUCAUGGAUAUUCUUUAAACUUCCCUACAAUCAUAUGAAACUCUUUUAACUGUCUA